AUGGUGGAUAGAGGCAUCAUACAGAAUGGCUCAAGCCCUUUUGCUUCACCAGUAGUGUUGGUGGGAAAGAAGGAUGGAACAUGGAGAUUGUGUGUUGACUAUAGGGAAUUAAAUAAUAGAACUAUUAAGAACAAAUUUCCUAUACAAGUAAUUGAUGAACUCAUUGAUGAGUUAGCUGGUGUUGCUGUUUUCCGUAAACUGGACCUUAGGGCUGGGUAUCAUCAAAUGAGAGUCAAUGCAAAUGAUGUAUUCAAAACAGCAUUUAAGACUCAUAUAGGGCAUUAUGAGUUCUUAAUUAUGCCUUUUGGCCUAACUAAUGCUCCUGCCUCAUUUCAAGGGUGGAUGAACCAUGUGUUCAGGCCACUACUCAGAAAAUGUGUAUUGGUGUUUUUUGAUGACAUUUUGGUGUAUAGCAGGUCAUUGCAGGAACAUUGGAAGCAUUUAGCUGAAGUAUUUGAGCUAAUGAAGGAGCAUAUGGAGACUGAUCCUAAGAAGGUGUCAGCAGUGAGCAGUUGGCUAAUUCCAGCUAAUGUCAAGGAAUUGAAAAGUUUCUUAGGCUUAACUGGGUAUUAUAGGAAGUUUUUCAAGAGCUAUGCCAUUAUUUGCAAACCAUUGACAGAAAAACUCAAGAAAAAUGGUUUUGCUUGGAGUAAUCAAGCUCAGAAAGCUUUUGAAGACCUUAAGUCAGCUCUGGUUUCCGCACCUGUCUUAGCUAUUCCCAACUUUGAGAAACAGUUCAUCCUUGAAACUGAUGCUUCAAAGACUAGGAUAGGAGCAGUAUUGAUGCAGGAAGGGAACCCUUUAGCCUAUAUCAAUAGAUCCUUGGGUCCUAAAUGGCAGAAGUUGUCAGUAUAUGACAAGGAGUUAUUAGCCAUAGUGUUUGCUAUACAAAAAUGGGAACAAUACCUUGUGGGAGCUCAUUUCAUAAUCAAGACUGACCAAAAGAGUUUGAAAUGGUUGUUACAACAGAAAAUUUCAACCCCUUUUCAACAAUUUUGGCUGUCAAAAUCGAUGGUAUUUGACUAUGAAAUUCAGUAUAAGUGUGGGAAGGAAAAUGUGGCUACAGAUGCUUUUUCUAGAGUGCAAGUGGUGCGAGGGUGUUAUUGGUGCAAGGUUGUGUGGGGUCGUGGGUGCGAGGAUGUGGGUGUGGUUUAUGGUGCGAGUCUGCGUGGCUGGGUUCGUGGUACAAGCCUACUAGGAACUGUGUGGUGGUGCUGUGAUGCAGUGGGUGAUGUGGUGUAUGGUGGUUGGCUGUGCAGUGGUGGUGUAUGGCGUGUGGUGGUUGGUGUAGUGGUGGUGUAUGGCGUGUGGUGGUUGGUGCAGUGGUGGUGUAUGGCGUGGGGUGGUUGGUGCAGUGGUGGUGUAUGGCGUGGGGUGGCUGGUGCAGUGGUGGUGUAUUGGCGUGUGGUGGCUGGUGCAGUGGUGGUGUUGCUGGAAAGUGGCCAUGGUGGAAGAGAACUAACUUUGAAAAAGAUCAAGUUGUUCUAUUGGAGAGGGAUUACUAAGGAUGUCAGUGCAUUUGUCAGAAAGUGUGUUGUUUGCCAAGCAUCCAAAUAUGACACAUCUGCCUAUCCUGGUCACCUUCAACCAUUACCUAUUCUAGAAGAGGUAUGGUUGGAUAUUUCAAUGGACUUCAUUACUGGUCUUCCUAAGUCUGCAGGAAAAGAGGUCGUUAUUGUGGUAAUGGACAUAUUCAGUAAAUAUGUACACUUUAUGGCUCUAUCACAUCCAUUUACAACUAUUCAAGUUCCUCAAUGUUACUUGGAUAAUGUAUUCAAGUUACAUGGGUGGCCUAGGUCAAUUCUUACCUCUUAUGAGGUAGUAUACAGCCAAACUCCACCCUUACAUUUACCAUAUUUGGCUGGAGAAGCAAAGAAUGAUGAGAUUGAUAGGAGCUUACAAAGAAGAGAAAGGAUGAUUUCUGAACUCAAGUUUCACCUAGAAAAGGCACAGCAAAGAACGAAGACUCAAGCUGAUAAGCAUAGAUUUGAAAGAGUGUUUCAGGUUGGAGAUUGGGUAUGUAAGCUGCAAGCUUAUAGACAACAUACUGUGCAAAAACGAAGUAACCAUAAGCUUUUUCACCAGUAUUAUGGGCCAUUUCAGAUUGCAUCAGUAGUUGGGAAGGUUGCAUAUAAGCUGAAACUUCCUAGUAAAGCUAAGAUUCAUGACACCUUUCAUGUAUCUCAGCUCAAGGUGUUUAGAGGGUAG